UAUAGAAACCGCGUUCUCUGUCUUCAGUCUCUGGUCCGCGCAGUCUGAGCUCAUCAGCCAGCGGUUGGAGUAGAGCUCUGCUUGACGCGCAAAGAGCAGGUCAUCAGGCUACUCCCCUACAAUGCGCUGCCUGUCAGCGGUGCGGCAACAGCUGUAGCUAGCGCGGUAGAGCGGCACGUCACUUUCAUGGUCAGCCAAAACUGCACUAUCUUUGGACAGUUUGCUAAGUGAGCUUCUUCAGAGAAAGGCUGUUGGUGUCCGGUUUCCCCGAAUACCCCCCUCUCUCUCUCCCUCUCUCUCUCCCUCUCUCUCUCUCUCUCUCUCUCUCUCUCUCUCUCUCUCUCUCUCUCUCUCUCUCUCUCUCUCUCUCUCUCUCUCUCUCUCUCUCUCUCUCUCUCUCAUCGCGGGGGGCUGGCGUGUGAUCUGAUCUCCGACCUGUCCUCGCGACUCACCGGGAGGGGGGACACGACACAAUCACCACCCAACACGCGCUCGACUGGGGCCAGGCUGUGCGAGUCACGGAUCGCUCCCGAGUCGCCCCGCGCGCUCGCCCUUGGGCUUGCGCCCAUGGAGGGGGACGUCAUGGACAAACUGGGGGACAUGGCCUCGGUGUAUGAGUUCGACCCGAUCACCGGGAACAUCCCCGCUACUAAAGUAGAGAUCACCGUCUCAUGCAGGAAUCUACUAGAUAAAGACACAUUCUCCAAAUCUGACCCAUUGUGUGUGCUCUACACCCAAGGAGUGGAGACCAAGCAGUGGAGAGAGUUUGGGAGAACAGAGGUGAUUGACAACACCCUAAACCCAGACUUUGUCAGGAAGUACAUCCUGGACUAUUUCUUUGAGGAGAAGCAGAAUCUACGCUUUGACUUAUAUGAUGUGGACUCUAAAAGCCCAGACCUGUCCAAACACCCUUCUGAUCUCAACGACUUCUUGGGUCAAGUGUUCUGUACCCUGGGGGAGAUCGUGGGGUCACCUGCCAGUCGACUGGAGAAACCACUGGGGGGGAUAGCUGGGAAGAAAUGUGGCACCAUAAUUCUAUCUGCAGAGGAGCUGGGAAACUGUAGAGACAGCGCAACGAUGCAGUUCUGUGCCAACAAACUGGACAAGAAGGACUUCUUUGGCAAGUCAGAUCCUUUCAUGGUGUUCUACAGGAGCAACGAAGACGGAACGUUUACUAUCUGCCAUAAGACAGAGGUGGUGAAAAAUACGUUGAAUCCAGUUUGGCAGUCAUUCACCAUUCCAGUCAGAGCACUCUGCAAUGGGGACUUUGACAGAACGAUCAAGAUCGAGGUGUACGACUGGGACCGAGAUGGCAGCCAUGACUUCAUAGGCGAGUUCACCACUAGUUACCGGGAGCUGGCUCGAGGCCAGAGCCAGUUCAAUGUCUAUGAGGUGGUGAAUAUCAAAAAGAAAAUGAAGAAAAAGAAAUAUGGGAAUUCUGGAACGGUGACCCUCCUCUCCUUUUCAGUGGAAUCCGAGUGCACCUUCCUGGAUUACAUCAAGGGAGGGACCCAGAUCAAUUUCACUGUGGCCAUCGAUUUCACUGCGUCUAAUGGUAACCCAUCCCAGUCCACUUCUCUACACUAUAUGAACCCAUACCAGAUGAAUGCAUACGCCAUGGCCUUGAAGGCUGUAGGGGAGAUCAUCCAGGACUACGACAGUGAUAAGAUGUUCCCUGCCUUGGGCUUCGGAGCCAAGCUGCCCCCGGAUGGACGGGUCUCACACGAGUUCCCACUGAACGGUAACAUAGAGAACCCCUAUUGUAACGGUAUAGAUGGCAUCCUGGAGGCCUAUCACGAGAGUCUGAAGACUGUCCAGCUCUACGGACCAACCAACUUUGCCCCCGUAGUCAACCACGUGGCCAGUUAUGCUGCAGCGGUUCAGGACGGGUCCCAGUACUUCGUCCUCCUCAUCAUCACAGACGGAGUCAUAUCAGACAUGGCUCAGACCAAGGAGGCCAUCGUCAAUGGGGCUAAACUGCCCAUGUCCAUCAUUAUCGUGGGAGUCGGACAGGCUGAGUUUGACGCCAUGGUGGAGUUGGACGGUGAUGACAUCAGAAUUUCAUCCAGAGGGAAGCUUGCAGAGAGAGAUAUUGUCCAGUUUGUCCCAUUUAGAGACUACAUGGACCGAACAGGAAAUCACGUGUUAAGUAUGGCCCGGCUAGCCAAGGAUGUCCUGGCUGAGAUCCCUGAUCAGUUAAUCUCCUAUAUGAAGAGUAGGGGCGUCAAACCUAACCCCACACCGCCUCCCUACACACCCCCUGGACACACACAGAUCUGAGCCCACCACACAAACCAUUACACUGAGUACUGACGAGAGACGGAGUCAAAGAUUUGCAGACCCUGGGAACUCUCUACUUCCUGAUUGGAAUGUUGGGACAGGAAGUGAUGUAAUAGUAAGUUGCUGAAGCAAUAGGUGUUUGUGUCAGGACUCUCCCAGACAGGUGACUCUCUGGAGAAGACAACAGCGUUUCUGUUCAUUGUGAUUCUAUCUAUUCUGUCUGUUUCUCUGCAAAAGAGAGACGGCAAUGGACAGACCAUACAAGGACUUGUCUUUUUAUCAACAUACAUGGGCCAGUGACUGUUUCUUCUUGUCUUGUUUGAGAGCGGGUGGGUGAAGGGGUCAUGUGGGGUCAUAUUGUGGUUGGAACUUGUGCCUGUCUGUGAUCUGGUUGUCUAACUGUAAUGGGACAAGUGGAACUCUCAUCUGAACUCUGAUCUUUGACUUUUGACCUAGCUCGCCAUUGGUGUAUUAGAGUGUGUGAUAAGGUGAUGUUUUUGGAUACUUUUCCAUUCAUUUUUGUUUUGUUUUGUUUUGGGCCUAAGACACAUUCCCAUAUUAAUUUGUAGCUUUAUGAUUUAAGGUUGAAAAAAAGAAAAGUGUAUUCACCUUGUGAGUUUUCUUUUUUAGUCAUUGAGUGUCUUUGCUCUUUGUACUCCCAUAAGUUGUAGACUCUUCUCUUGGCUUCUAUUUUAAAGCAUGUUCGUAUAUAGGAUGGAAUUCCCCAUAUGUCUGUAUUUAUAAUGUAUCAAAAGUGGCAUGGAUAUAUAAGGAUAUAUAAUUAAUAUGUGACCAUCCAGUUUGGAUUUCUCAAUUACAAACAAGGAUAGUUUAACAAUUAUGGAGAAGCACAAGGGAGAGCUCAUCAUAGCUCUCUAAACCACUUAACCACCACCACCACAGGAAUGUAACUAUGCACAUCAGCGUUUGGACACACUAGAACCUGUCUGUGACAUACAUACAUACAUACAUACAUACAUACAUACAUACAUACAUACAUACAUACAUACAUACAUACAUACAUACAUACAUACAUACAUACAUACAUACAUACAUACAUACAUACAUACAUACAUACAUACAUACAUACAUACAUACAUACAUACAUACAUACAUACAUACAUACAUACAUACAUACAUACAUACGUCAGAAGUAUUGCUUUAUUUUUUUAAAGGUUCUGAUAGUUUACCGUGUCCUAUAUUUCAUCAGUCAAAGAGUGAAAAUAUAUACAACUCUUUCAACUAAUAUUUUCUUCUCUCUCUCUCUUUCCAUCUCCCCAAUUCCCAUAACGAAUGGAUUUUUGUUUAAUUGACAUUAAACUGCUGGAUAAAGACAGCAAAUGUAUUCACUUGAAUCACAUUGAAUUCCAUUGAAACCUUUUCAUAACCAACAGUCCUUUACUGUCCACCCCUCUCUCUCUCUGGUCACCCAACAGCUUCUCUGCUCCCUGAGAAUAAGCCAUUAUUGUGUUAUAAUCAGAUGAAGCCAGGCUGAAAUUAAAUCAAGCUGAGGAGUAUAGACAGUCUGGACACCUGCUGCACGGUGCACACAUAGACAGACAGAGGGACGGAUCUCCUCAGCUAGCUAAAUACUCUGUAGGCCUUAACGUACUGUAGACAGCAUUCCAACCAAGCCUGAUAAACAACUAAGGUUGAACAAUUCUGUUAACUUUUCCAAAAUGUUCAGGUUUUCCAGAAAUCCUGCUUUGAAAAUUCCUGGAAUCACAAGGAACAUUCCUUGAAAACCUAGGACUUUUUGCAAAGUUACCGGAGUUUUGCAACCCUAUUCACAGCUCUCUUCUCUUGGAGUCAUAAUCGCUAAGAGUACUGUAUGUUUUGGAAAUGGCUAAACCUGGUUCUGUACAGUGUUGUGUAUAAUAUAUGGGGAUAGAGACAAAUGGUAUAUCUGAUAUCUAUACAGUUAAUGAUAUGGCUUGUUUUUUCUUACUAAGUGGUGUGGACCUAGAGUAUCAGGAGUGAGUGUGUGUGUUCAAUAAUAAGAGUGGUUUACAACAGUACAUAUUCCUACUGAUAAACUUUAAGGAAAGCACUUUAUUCUAUUCCUUAAGAGGUGUACUGGUACUUUGACAGUAUGUUUAUUUAUACAUUUUUAGAGAUAGUGAUGAUCUUAUUGAUAUAUUAUAUGAUUCACGUAAUUUUUUCUGGAAUUUGUAUGAUAAAAAGCCAUUUAUUCUGCCGACAACGCCACAAUAAAAGAAGUAGACUUGCACACUGA